AUGCUCCCCCCAGCACUCAAUAUCCCAAAAUGGCUGGAAGAGAAUUCUCAUCUCCUACAACCACCAGUCAAUAAUUACUGUGUCUAUCACCCCUCAACACCAGCAACAGCCGGGUAUACAGUCAUGAUAGUGGGCGGGCCAAAUGCCCGAACAGAUUUCCACAUCAACACCACCCCAGAGUUCUUUUACCAAUAUCGAGGCUCAAUGCUUCUUAAGACAGUCGAUACUACAACAAACCCUCCCACAUUCCAGGAUAUCCCAAUUCAGGAGGGCUCGAUUUUCUUGUUACCCGCCAACACACCACAUUGCCCCGUGCGGUUCAAGGACACGGUUGGUGUGGUGAUGGAACAGCCCCGGGCAUCUGAUGCAGUUGAUGCAAUGCGGUGGUAUUGUCGAAAGUGCAAGGAGAUUGUGUGGGAGAAGCAGUUUGUUUGCGUCGACUUGGGGACGCAGGUGAAGGCUGUUGUUGAGGAGUUCGCGGCUGAUGAAGAGAAGCGCACGUGUAAGGCUUGUGGGGAGAUUGCAGCUUCUAAAUAUGCGGAUGGUGAGAUUGUGCAGCCGCCGAAUGUCCUGGCUUAG